AUGGCAAGAUCAAGUGAAUAUUGGCCUGGUUUUGCCGAUCUUAGUCCGGAGUCAGAGAGAUAUAAGCGAAUCUGGCACAUACUCUCUUCAGCAAACUUCGAGCAUCUGAAGAAACGCGGAAUAGACUCGCGGCGGAGACACCAACCUCACCUCCCUCCAGAUGUUAGCUGUAGCAUAAACCUAACGCACUUUGCGUCGGGUUUCGAUAACCUGGUCGUGGAACUCGCGUUUUCAGACAACGUCUGCUGGGUCGCUCAGAUUCCACAUCGCGAUAUUGAUAGCAACAUUCGGACUUCGUUGUUAAGUGAGAUUGCUACGAUAAAUAUCAUCCGCAAACGUACAAGCAUUCCGGUACCUCAGAUUUUCGAUUUCGAAACGUCCACAAACCAACCAUUUGGGUAUCCGUACGUUUUUAUGCAAUGCUUGGGCGGCCGUACCCUCGACAACACACUAGCGGUGUCGAUACCUCUGCAGCACCAUACCAAGGUAGCCAAACAGCUUGCAAAUGUCUUCAUGGAACUACAGAGUCUGACGUUCAACCGCAUUGGACGACUUUGGUGUGGAGAUACCGCCGAGGAGUCUGUCGAAAUCAUUGCAAUGGCGUGGCACUAUUCACCUGGUCCCUUGGAAACUUCACUAGAAUAUUUUUACAACCAAAGGCAAGGGGAAAAUCGAGAAAUCACCGCCAUGCAUCCGAACAAUCCGGACUGGCUUACGGCAGGUUGGGUACUGAAAACGGCUCUAGCUCAAAUCAUCAUUGAAGAUCGAGUCCGGGGCCCUUUUCCGCUUUGCCAUCUCGACCUUCAUUAUGGCAAUCUUCUUUUUGAUAACGAAUACAAUCUGACGGGAGUCAUCGAUUGGAGCAGUGCCCAGGCUGCCCCCAUCGAGCAGUUGUCAGUCUGUCCAGAAUUUGUCAUUUUCCCAGGGUUAUCUGAGGAGGAGAAUCGGCCAAUCCUUGAGCUUAAGAAUCUCGUUAUACAGUUUAUAAGGGAGAUGGAGAAAGAUACAGAGAAGACGCCGUCCUUAGAUCACCAACAGGUAAAUAUCAAGGAGAACCCGGACCUUACGCGCCUUUCCACCUAUAUGGCCUCCAAAAGUGCUGAAAUCACGCUUCGACAGUACAUGGCCUCACCCAAGGGAAGUCUUUGGGCCGGUAAGGUGGUCGCAAAACUUAUCUAUGGGAAUAAUAUUACGUGGGAACAGCUGAAGGAGGUAUACGGUACCAUGCCACUUUUUUAGACGAUUUUCGAUAUUCGUG